AUGGAAGAGUUAAUAGUCGAACUGCAACUGUUCCUUGAACUUCUGGACCACGAAUACCUAACCUCCACAGUCAGGGAGAAAAAGGCAGUUUUAACAAACAUCCUUCUGAGGAUACAAUCGUCCAAAGAUUUUGAAAUAAAAGAAAAUGUCCAGAAACAAGAGGUGACUAAUAACUUACCUGCCCCUCCUCAGAUGCCUCUGCCAGAGAUCCCUCAGCAAUGGCUGCCGCCAGAUAGUGGUCCUCCACCAUUACCUUCUUCAUCCCUUCCUGAAGGUUACUAUGAGGAGGCCGUGCCCCUCAGUCCGGGAAAGGCUCCUGAGUACAUCACAUCCAAUUAUGAUUCAGAUGCUAUGAGCAGCUCUUACGAAUCUUAUGAUGAAGAGGAUGAGGAUGGGAAAGGGAAAAAAAUGAGACACCAAUGGCCAUCCGAGGAGGCAUCUAUGGACCUGGUGAAGGAUGCGAAAAUCUGUGCCUUCCUUUUAAGAAAGAAGCGAUUCGGACAGUGGACUAAACUUCUGUGUGUGAUCAAGGAAAACAAACUCCUGUGCUAUAAGAGUUCCAAGGAUCAGCAACCCCAAAUGGAACUGUUGUUGAAUGGCUGCAGUAUUACAUAUAUCCCCAAGGACAGCAAAAAGAAGAAGCAUGAGCUGAAAAUCACUCACCAAGGCCAGGAUGCUCUAGUUCUCGCGGUACAAAGCAAAGAACAGGCUGACCAAUGGCUGAAGGUAAUAAAGGAAGUUUGCAACAACUAUGUUGGAGGUGCAGAUUCAGAUGGGCCACCAUCUAAUUCUCCUAUACACAAGACUGAACUAGAAAAGAAAUUGUCCUCAGAGAGGCCGAGUUCUGAUGGAGAGGGUGUUGUAGAAAAUGGAACUGCCACCAUCUGUAAUGGAAAAGAACAAGUAAAGAGAAAAAAGAGCACGAAGACAGACUCCAAGGGUACGGUGACUAAAGUGACGGGGAAAAAGAUCACCAAGAUUAUUGGUUUAGGGAAGAAGAAGCCCUCCACAGAUGAACAAACCUCAUCAGCUGAAGAAGACAUCCCCACAUGUGGCUAUCUGAAUGUGCUCUCAAAUAACCGUUGGCGUGAGCGCUGGUGCAGAGUGAAAGAUAAUAAACUCAUUUUCCACAAAGAUAGAACAGACCUGAAGAACCAUAUUGUCUCUAUUCCCCUGCAUGGCUGUGAAGUUAUUCCGGGGUUGGAUUCCAAGCAUCCUUUGACGUUCCGUCUGCUUCGAAAUGCACAGGAGGUUGCUGUGUUAGAGGCAUCCUCUUCUGAAGACAUGGGCCGGUGGAUUGGGAUCUUGCUGGCUGAGAGCGGCUCCUCUGCUGAUCCAGGCACUUUGCACUAUGACUACAUCGAUGUAGACGUGACCGCAAGCGUCAUCCAGGCCGCAAAGCAGACCUUCUGCUUUAUGAACAGACGGAUUCUCUCUACUAAUCCGUAUCGAGGAAAUCCUACCAAUGGCUACGCGUGUCCCAGCGGAAUGGCACUUCAUUAUGACGAUGUUCCUUGCAUAAAUGGAUCAGUAAGAAUUGAUUUUUGUUGGGAACCAGAAGACGGCUUUCCUAACUCUCGUAGCAGAAGCACAGAAGAUGGGCUUUAUGAUAACAUGGGCCUGUACGAUAACUUGCCGUCUCCGAAAAUCUUUGCACGCUACCCACCAGCAGACCGAAAAGCAAAUAGGUUAUCUACUGACAAACUGUCCUCUAACCAUUAUAAAUAUCCUCUCUCAUCCAAUCUAUCUUCUGCUCCGUCUCUCACUAAUACCUCUGCUGUGGGGAGGGGAUCGGUGCCACAGUUUAAAGGAAAGAAGGCUCCUCUGGCUGCAAAUGGAAUUGUGGGGAAAGGGAGAACUUUGGGCAGUCCACAAAAGAAAUCAGAAUUUGCUUCAAAUGUGAAACGUAAUACCUCCAAUGCUGAUCAGUACAAGUAUGGCAAGAACCGCGUAGAAGCCGAUGCAAAGAGGCUGCAGACCAAAGAGGAGGAGCUCUUAAGGAGAAAAGAAGCCCUGCGGAAUCGCCUGGCUCAGCUCCGAAAAGAAAGGAAAGACCUCAGAGCAGCACUUGAAGUGAACACUGGCAAGAAAACCCUAGUUAUUCUUGAAGAUAAAUUAAAGAAGCUGGAAGAGGAGUGUAAGCUGAAGGAGUCCGAACGUGUUACUCUGGAAUUAGAGUUGACUGAGGUGAAAGAAAACCUGAAGAAGGCCUUGGCUGGAGGCAUCACACUGGGACUAGCAAUAGAGCCUAAAUCAGGGACAUCCAGCGCCCAGUCUCCGGUACUUAAGCAUCAGACACUGGAAAACUCACCAAUCUCCAGUUGUGAUACAAGCGAUACUGAAUGUUCAGUGCCUGUGAACAGUGCGGUGGUCCUUAAAAGACAUUCUUCCUCCAGCACAUCCCCCUGUAGAGGCCACGUACUUCAGAAGGCCAAGGAAUGGGAGUUGAAAAACGGAACAUAAAGGAACAGAAUCAUUUCUAGCCCUCUGCUUUAUGGCUCUGUCUGGUGUGGCUGAAGAUGGACUGGAUUUAUCUAUACAGCAAUAUUAAGGAUUGGUCAUUCCC